CUCUUCUUCCUCGUUUCCUCCAAUCUUUCUCCUCCCUCUCUCCCUCUCUCUCGAUCAAUUCUCAAGGCAGGGAGCGAGAGAGGCGUCACAGGCGACGAUAAGGGAAACAAGAAAUUGGAAGUCUGGCGCAUCUGAGUGCGACCCACUUUCCGACGUCGCGCCAACCGGCAAGUCGCGCCCAAACGCCGCUUCGGCUCGUGCGCGCAUACAUAGCCCUGGCGUUGUUCGACUUUUUCAGGUCCGUCAAGGCCAGUCGAGCGGACGCGCAAAGUUUUCCACCCUUUGCCCUCUCGAACCCGACGACGGUUCUUGGAGGCGACAUCAGGCCGCCCAGAUAGGCUCUGACCAGUUGCUUGCAGGCAAGAGAUAUAUUCGAGAGAACCUCCACCGAGAGAGGAGACACGUUCGAAACUCGCAACGAUGCUCUCGUCAAGACCGAUGGACCCUAUCCUCGACCAUUCGCACGAUGGCGAGGACACGUCUGCUGUGGAGCUGUCGACAAAGGCCGGGCGGAUGCGACUGCGAGAGAACCAAGAGGCACCAGGAUAUGAGGUGCUCACCCCGCAGCACAGCAACUCCAAUGUGACGACUGCCGUCGCAGCCUCUCCUCUGACGGCCAAGGGAGCGCGCGACAUCCCUGGCGGCGGCGCAGAGCUCGCCAACGCAGAGAGUCUGGGUGGUGCGAGUCAUGCGGCGCAUGCGGCGCGCAUGACUAAUGUAGGAGGAAGCGCAGGACGCGGCCUGGCGAUGCCCGCUCCCUCGGAACGGCCAUCUUCGAGUGGGGGACCUCCCAUCAAUAGCAUGGGCCGCAUUGGACAGGCUUACAGCUCCAAUCAGGGCGUCGGUCCUGGUGCCACCGGCCUGGCAAGUGCGCGCGGUGUAGACCUGGCCAGCGACAGCGGCUCCUCAACCCCGAGCCAGUUCAUCUUCCCCAAGCUCGGCGCUCGGAGGCCCAGCGAAGCGCAGAUUGGCGAAGGUGCGCAGAGCCCCGCGACAGAUGGUGUCAGUGUUGGUGGUGCGACGACACCCGUGGAGGAGAAGUCGGCCUCCCUACACAAACCCAAGCGCAAGGAGUCGCACAACCCCCUCGUCGACCUUCGCCGUUUCCUUCACAACCACAUUGGACACCACAGCAGCGACGAUUCUUCGUCACGCUCAGGUCAUGCAACGCCUGGCGGCAGUACAAAGUCGCGACGGGGUCACGACUCGCCGCCGCUGGGCGAAGAGCACGCUCAUCUGGCGAAAAAGUACGGAAAGUGGGGCAAGGUGCUCGGUUCGGGCGCCGGGGGCACUGUGCGACUGAUCAAGCGGUCCAAGGACCACACGACAUUUGCCGUAAAGGAGUUUCGACAGCGAAGAGCGGGCGAAUCGGAAAAGGAGUACAUCAAAAAGGUCACAGCCGAGUUUUGCAUCGGCUCGACGCUCCAUCACAUCAACAUUAUCGAGACACUCGACAUCAUCUCGGACCACGGCCACUACUACGAGGUCAUGGAGUACGCGCCCUACGAUCUGUUCAGCGUCGUCAUGAGCGGCAAGAUGUGCCGCCAGGAAAUCUACUGCGUCUUUCGGCAAAUUGUCGACGGCGUCGACUACUUGCAUUCGAUGGGCCUGGCCCACCGAGAUCUGAAGCUGGACAACUGCGUCAUGAACACGGGCAACAUUGUCAAGCUCAUCGACUUUGGCACGGCUACCGUCUUCCACUCGCCCGGCAAGUCCAAGGUCGUCGCUACCGGCGUCGUGGGGUCGGACCCUUACCUGGCCCCCGAGGUGCUGUCCCAGCAGACGUACGACCCACGGCUGACCGAUGUGUGGUCAUGCGCCAUCAUCUUCCUCUGCAUGAUCCUCCGUCGCUUCCCCUGGAAGCUGCCCGACAUGAAGACGGACCCUUCCUUUAGGCUCUAUGUCAACUCGCACCCAGAGCUCUGCGCACCCCCGGGGCGAUCCGAGACCUCUGACAGUGGCGUGGGAUCCUUUUCUUCGACGAGCUCCCCACCGGGCGGCGUCAUCACGCAGACGACCAGCCCCGAUGACAUCAACAUUCCCACGGCAAAGGAGGCCGGUUAUCUCACGCCUCAGCGCGGCACUCAGUCGCCCGUCGUGUCGGACCACGAAGACGACAGCGACGGGCGGAGGGAUCCGUCGAGCGGGCCCCCCAGCGGAGCUCGCUCGCCCGAGAGGCAAACUUCGACACUGCUGCCGUCUGAAGAGAUUCGACCCAAGCCAUCUCGGAGCGACUCAAUCUCCUCCCAGACGACUUUCACGUCGGGCGCGGCCGACAGCAUCUUCAGGCUGCUUCCCCGCGAGACGAGAUCUGCCCUGAGUCGCAUGAUGGCCAUUGAGCCAUCACUCCGGUGCACCCUGGGCGACUUGCUCCGAGGAAGACGCUUCAGCGACACAGACUCGCCGCUGACGCGCACGCCCGUUAUGUCGCGCUCCAACAGUUCAGAGGCCCUCAACACGCUGCCGACGCAGUCUGCAGCCUCAGGGGGAGUCACCAUGUCGCUCUCUUCGGGGGCAGACCUCAACCACCUCUCGCAUGCCGAAUUCGAAGACGAUGACGACACAGGCGACGAGUGGCUCAAGUCGAUUCAGACAUGUGCCCACCUCAAAAGCGAGGGCAAGGGUGAGAAACCCGACCACCCUCAUGUCAAGGUGGUGCCAGAGGAAGGGAAGAAGAAGAGUAGUCUUUUCCACCGCUGAACAUGACGUCGCUCUAUUGUCUCUCGCCGCUGCUUUUCUCUCUCUCUCCUUCUCCCCCCUCUCUCUCUCCCCCUUUCUCUAUCUCUCUCGAACAUCGUCAUCGCUCGCCCUGUGUCUAUCCUCCUCUACGAACUGGAAUGGUGCUAGUUAUUAUCUGACACUUUUGACUUGACUGAAUAACGGUCACAGGCCAGCCAAGACGAGCUGGACACCGUAGACGUGGCGAGCCAA